UCAAGUGCUUUUGCAAUUAUAGUUAAAUAUGAUAUUCCCAAACUUAUCGAACAAGGUAAAAACAACUCAUUAGAAUUGGCCAAAGAAUUAGAGUUUGAUGGGCAAUAUUUUUAUCGUAUAUUAAGAUUUUUAUCAAGAGAAGGUUUAUUUAUCGAAAUGGAGGAACCAUACUGCUUUACCAAUUCACCUCUAUCCAAAUUAUUAGUAAAUGAUAAUGGUGCUAUUAAUCACGUUAAAAUGGCAUUAAACCCAAAAAUUAUGGAAUCCUGGUUACAUUUAGAAGAUUCAAUUAAAAGCGGCUCAAGUAAAGCUUUUCAAUCUAUUGGAUAUCCAAAUUUAUGGGCAUUUUCUAGUCAGAACGACGAUUUUAAAACAUGUUUUAUAAAAGCAAUGUCAUUCCAAACCCAAUCAAAUCAUAGUAUCCUUUCAGAAUUCUCAAAUCAGAUGGGUGAAUCUAAAGUUGUAUGUGAUAUAGGCGGAAGCUCUGGUAAAUUGUUAUCUGAUCUCAUACCAUUAUAUCCAUCAAUUGAAAAAGCUAUAAACUUCGAUCUUCCAAUGGCCAUCAAUUCAGAAUUCUCACAAGGAUUUAUCAAAUCGUUAGCACCAGAAAUUAAAUCAAAAUUAGAAUACAAACCAGGCGAUUUCUUUAAGGCAGAAACCAUCCCAGAAAAUGCAGAUCUAUACAUAAUGAAAAGAGUUAUUCAUGAUUGGUCCAAUGAAAAAUCAACAGUUAUUAUUAAUAACGUUUACAGCAAAAUGAAACCAAACACCUACUUGGUACUUUUAGAGGGUAUUUUACCACCAAAGAAUCAACCAGAUUUCCAUGCAAUAUUUGAUAUUUUAAAUUUACAUGUCAUUGGCGGCCAAGAACGUACAACUGAAGAAUGGGAACAAUUAAUAUCAGCAACCAACUUCAAAUCAAUUGAAUCAAUUGAAUCA